AGCCAGCUGAAAAGUUGUAGCAUGUGGCUUUGUCAUGUUUAUACAAAUAUCUAUAAAAAGGUAAAAAAAAGUCAAAAGCCAUGCAGACCCUUUAAUACCCCUAAGUUCCCUAGAAGUAGCUUUCUUCCUCCCCUGAUUGCACACACCUGUUCAGAGCCCAGGCAGUGCAGGAGUAUGUCAUGCAAGAAGAAUUUUUCUGCCAGACAGUCCUAAACCAGGAAGUGACUGUAAAGUCUCUGCACACCUGGGCAGCCGCGCAACCCCCUGGCAAGUGCUCAUGGCACUGUGUGCAGCAGGAGCCAUGGGGGUACAACUGAUGACUGGAGACAUGCACUUCCUGAGCUCAUUAGGCCAGCUGUCUUGGAACUCCACCUCUGAGGAGCACCAGAUUGGAAAUGGGUCCCUCUCCAAGUUUUGGUACAAUACAAACAAGACUCAGCUCUUAGGAGUUUUGUUGGCAGUCACUGGCAACUUCUUGAUUAGUAUCUCUUUGAAUAUACAGAAAUAUGCUCAUCUCCGACUGGUGUGCCUGGCAGCUCAAAAGACUUACUACACAAGCAAGCUAUGGUGGAGUGGAAUUAUCCUCAUGGGAGCUGGAGAGCUGGGGAAUUUUGCAGCUUAUGGAUUUGCACCAGCCACCCUUGUUGCUCCAUUAGGAUGUGUGUCUGUCAUAGGUAGUGCAUUUAUUUCAGUCUUGUUCCUAAAAGAAACCAUGAGGGCUGCUGAUAUAUUGGGUGGAACUCUGACAAUCGUAGGAACAUAUCUGUUGGUAACCUUUGCUCCAAAUAUAACCCAGGAGCUCACAGCAAGAAAAAUACAGAACUACUUAGUUAGCUGGCAGUUCUUGAUCUGUGUGAUCUUGGAAAUAAUAACAUUCUGCAUUCUCCUGUAUUUUUAUAAAAGAAAAGAUGUGAAGCACAUUGUGGUUUUGUUAAUGAUGGUAGCGCUACUUGCAUCAGUGACUGUCGUUUCAGUGAAGGCUGUGGCAGGCAUGAUAAUGCUCUCAGUGAGGGGUAAAAUGCAGCUAACUCACCCCAUUUUUUAUAUCAUGCUUGUCAUAAUGGUUAUAUCUUGUGUCUUCCAAGUCAAGUUCUUGAAUCAAGCAAUGCAGCUCUACAAUGCAACAGUAGUUGUGCCGAUUAACUUUGUGUUCUUCACCACCAGUGCCAUCAUUGCAGGGGUCAUAUUUUAUCAGGAAUUCCAAGGUGCUGCUUUGCUGAAUGUGUUCAUGUUUCUGUUUGGGUGUCUUCUGUCAUUUCUUGGUGUUUUCGUAAUCACAAGAAAUCGAGAAGCAGAGCACUUACGAAUUCCUUAUAUUGACUGUGGACACAUUCCUGGAAAAAAAAAGAUGGGCAAAAUACAACCAGAUUCAAACAGUUUAUCCUAUGGCACUUUGUCUAAUGAAGGCGACAUGGUGAAAACUCAAAGCUGAGAGAAGAAAGCACUUUUACAUUCCAGUUCACAAAAUGAACUCUGUUUAUUGAAAUCAUAUCCAUGACCACUACUUUACUGCAAAUAUUCUGUGCGUGUCAAGGAACUGUAUGUUGACAAUUCUUAGCAUUAUUUAAGCUUCCUUAACUUAUCCCAGGGCUAGCACAGAUGAGCAAGGAGGGCUUUUGUGCUUAAAGAAAAGCUAGCAAUCAUUCAAAGGAGUUGGAUAUUUUCCUCAUAUAAUACCACUUAGUAGUGCUUUGAGACCAGAAUUGUACAAAGUUGUUGCCUAAAGGUGCAGGUAGGUGCGUAGAUUGAUUUUUUUAAAACAGUAUUUGGUGAGUGGUAGUUGUUCCGAAAGACAAACGUAUAUGUGGUAUCUAAUCUACACUGAGGUAUGAAGAAAGCAUGGGCAUAAAUUCCUCUGAAGCAGCUCUCUGGUAGGGAAGUUUAUUUUUGUCCUAUUGGACUGGAGUGGCAAGCAGGUAUUUCAGAAUAGUUCACUCUGAUAUUUGUCCCCUCUGUCUUCAUUAGAAAAAUGAAAAGCCAGCUUUUGGGGUCAGGUUUUUGAAGACUGUUUUUUGAGAGGAGAAGCCAAAUUCCCUCUGCUGUUCUUUUUUUAAAAGACUCACCUGAGAAAGAAAUUGAUUCACUAUGCAGGGCCCAAUCCUGCAAUACUGAAGUCAGUGAAAAUGCUGAGGCUUUAAAGAUCACAGGAUCAGACCAGCAGAGAGAAAGCCACUAUGAUAACAUAUGUCUUUCUUCAUGAAAAAAAGGCUUCCUUGCAUUCUCCCAGUCAGUACUGGGGGGGGCAUCUAUUCCAUACUAACUGGGGGGGAGGGGAGCCAGAAAGUCCUAAUUUAAUUUCAGCCAUUGAUUCACGGUGACAAAAUUACUUGCAAGCAUUAAUCUGUGUGCUUCCAAUUCUGUUUUUAUUGGGUAAUAUGAAUCUAUCUCACUGGUAUGCUGUGGGGAUUACAUAAGUACUCUGGGGAAAAGGUAAAACACUUUAAAUGUUCAGUGUUAUUUCUUGAACCUUGUACAAAAUAGAUUACAGAAUACUUCUACUCCUGUUAGUUGUGAAUUACUCUUUAAUAAUGGGCAUAUGUCAUAAAUGUGUAUAUAUCUCC